AUGACAGAAAUCCUAACCAAAAACAAGGGAACCGUCUUUUUCCAAACGUCUUGGUUCACCCACACGGACGUCCUCGUGACAAGCGACCCGGCCAACGUCAACCACGUCAUCAACUCCAACUAUUCAUUCUACCAGAGAGGCUCCGAGUUCCGCAAGGCCUUUGAUUUUCUAGGUCAGGCCGCUUUCAUCAAGGACCUCAACGAGUGGAGGGAAGAAAAAAGAUUCACUCACGCUUUCUACAAAGACCAACAGUUCCGCGACUCUACGCCGAGAAUAAUCCUACAAACGAUCGAGGAAGGCCUCCUCCCGGUCCUCAAUCACGCGGCACGGAACAAUCAAAUUGUCGACUUGCAGGCCGUGUUCAAUAGGUACAUGCUGGACGCCACUUGUUUGCUGGCCACCGGGUUCGACUUGGCCUCCCUUCGGGUUGGGUUCCCUGAGUCCCCGCUUCUCGACGCCAUGGACGAUAUUUCGGAGGCCGUCUUUUGCAGGCAUAUUCUGCCAGAGAGGGUUUGGAAGAUCCAGCGGUGGCUCGGGAUCGGGAAAGAGAAGAAAUUCACAAAAGCGUGCCGCGUUUUGAAUCAAAUACUUGAUGGUUACGUGUCCAACAAGUACCAACUUAUGAGGAAGAAGAAUAAUAAUAAUCAAGAAACAGGAGAUUUCGACGUGUUGAAGUUUUAUAUAGCCUAUAAUAAUAAUAACAUUAAGAAAUCCACAGAGGAGAAGGCAUAUUUGGGUUUUAACAUCAUGACUCUUUUCUUUGCCGGGAGGGACACGUCGGCUGCUCUCUUGACCUGGUUUUUCUACCUCAUUUCGGAAAACCCUUUAGUCGAAAGAAGUGUUUUGGACGAAAUAAGGAAAGUCGCUUCUGCAGACAAGUCUGACCAAGACCGAAUUUAUAUUUUCCACAAAGCGGAAGAAUUAGUCAAACUCGUCUACCUCCAUGCCGCGUUGACUGAGUGCCUGAGGCUUUUUCCAACGGCUCCGGUCAUCAUGCGGGACCCGACCCAAGAGGACGUGCUCCCUAGCGGCCACAGAGUCGGGCAGAGGACGAAAGUGAUCCUGUGCACGUACGCAAUGGGGAGAAUGAGUGAAAUAUGGGGAGAGGAUUGGGCCGAGUUUCGUCCAGAGAGGUGGAUCGACGAGAGAGGAGAGCUCAAACGAGUUUCCUCUAAUAUGUUUCUUGCCUUCGGGUCGGGCCCGUGGGCAUGUCCGGGGAAGGAAAUGGGUUUUACUCGGAUGAAAGGAGUUGUAGCUACCAUUAUGCAUAAUUAUCGUGUUGGGGUUGUGGAAGGGCAGACCAUUAGCCUAAGUGCUUCUGCCUUGCUCACUAUGAAGCAUGGUUUGAAAGCAGCGGUUACCAAACGAUGUGUGUGA